CACUUUAGGAGUGCAGGCAUGUCGCGGUUCAUGCUUCGUCAAGGAGAAAAAUUCAUGAUGGCAUUGGGGAAGCACGAUAUACCGGGAUUAAGAUGGUUGUUGGAGGGUUUCAAUUAUUAUGAUGUCGAGCGCAUCAAAGAAGUUGGUCCCAAUCGCGCGGCGGCCGAAUGGGUGGUACGGUGUGGAGGCGCUGUGAAAUUCGACAAGAUCGAUAACGUCUUCAGUGAUUACAAUGCCCUAAUUAAAAGAUGCGCAGAGUUGGAUCCGAGGAUACCGCAAGACGAUGUGAAAAUCACGCAUAUUCACGCCAUUGACGCCAGUGUGUCUGGCUAUGGAUGCCGUCAUUUCAAGGGCUUAGACGGGAUCCAGGAAGUCAAAUUUAUACGCUGUAGCAGUCUUCAUGAUUUCGGGUUGGAAUACAUGGCAGAUGCUGUUGGUGCUCACCUUAGUCGACUCGAAAUAGAUAGCUGUCGUCGAAUUACCGAAUUUGGUCUUAUACAUCUUGAAAAGUGCAGAGCUCUCAAGUCGCUACGCUUAGCACAUCUGAAGCAUGUUCAUGGUCACGAUAAAGUGCUACAACGGUUGACGAGGGCUUUGCCCAACACGGAAAUUAGUUUUGUGGCUUCUUAACGCUGUUCUAUCAAGUUCAGUUAAAGCUACCUCACUCGGUGCUGUUCUAGGACUGUCAUUGCUAUGUAGUUGAUCCAACUCCGCCUCAACAGAAACACUUUUGAAUGUUUUAGGA